AUGGCAGGUUCGCGGUACGCCUACGUACGUGACUUUGAGCUGGCCGACGUAGCUCUGCCACGCACUUAUCUGGUCGUGCGUAUCGAUGGAAAAGGGUUCCAUAAUCGCCAUGGGUUUACGAAGCCGAACGAUAUGAACGCUUUGGAGCUGAUGAACGAGGCUGCGCGGCAUGUCAUGCGCGAAUUCAAAGGCCAUAUCACGCUGGCCUUUGGCGAGAGCGACGAGUACAGUAAACUUGUGUCGCAUAUCGUCUCGCUGUUCACAUCUGCCUAUGUAUUCUGCUGGUCCAAGUACAUGAAGACGCCACUGGAGGUGCCACCUUCUUUCGAUGGCCGGCUCGUAAUGUAUCCUACGUCCAAGGAGGUCCGUGAUUACUUCUCCUGGCGUCAAGCUGACACACACAUCAACAAUCUUUACAAUACCGUCUUCUGGGCCCUAGUCCAGGAAGGCCAAAAAACAGAGCGUGAGGCGCAUGAAGUGCUGAAAGGGACUGUAUCUGCUGACAAGCACGAAAUCUUGUUCCAACAGUUCGGCAUGAACUACGACAAACUACCUGCCUUUUACCGUAAAGGCACGACGCUGGUCUGGGCGCCUACCUACGACCCUGGCAGGACAAAACCCAAAACAGAGCUUCGCACACUCCAUGUCGAUAUCAUCGGCGCGUCCUUCUGGACACCAUGCGAAUUACGGCCUCCAACGCUAGCUGACGACGGCCUGGCGUAUUUCGAGCGGCCUGACCGUUUGGAAGCAGACGGCCUCGGCGCAUCCAUCUUGAAUCCAUAA